CCUAUCUGUUAAGAUGCCUUAGAAAAAGAACCAUGGAGAAGUAUGUUAGAGUACAGAAGAUUGGAGAAGGUUCAUUUGGAAAAGCCAUUCUUGUUAAAUCUAUAGAAGAUGGCAGACAGUAUGUUAUCAAAGAAAUUAACAUCUCAAGUAUGUCCAGUAAAGAAAGGGAAGAAUCAAGGAGAGAAGUUGCAGUGCUGGCAAACAUGAAGCAUCCAAACAUUGUCCAGUAUAGAGAAUCAUUUGAAGAAAAUGGCUCUCUCUACAUAGUGAUGGAUUACUGUGAAGGAGGGGAUCUGUUUAAACGAAUAAAUGCCCAGAAAGGCAUUUUGUUUCAAGAGGACCAGAUUUUGGACUGGUUUGUACAGAUAUGUUUGGCCCUGAAACAUGUACAUGAUAGAAAAAUUCUUCAUCGAGACAUAAAAUCACAGAACAUAUUUUUAACCAAAGAUGGGACGAUACAACUUGGAGAUUUUGGAAUCGCUAGAGUUCUUAAUAGUACUGUGGAGCUGGUUCGGACUUGCAUAGGGACCCCAUACUACUUGUCACCCGAAAUCUGUGAAAACAAACCAUAUAAUAAUAAAAGUGACAUUUGGGCUCUGGGUUGUGUCCUUUAUGAGAUGUGCACACUUAAACAUGCAUUUGAAGCUGGCAAUAUGAAAAACCUGGUACUGAAGAUCAUAUCUGGAUCUUUUCCACCCGUGUCUUUGCAUUAUUCUUAUGAUCUCCGCAGUUUGCUCUCUCAACUAUUUAAAAGAAAUCCUAGGGAUAGACCAUCAGUCAACUCCAUAUUGGAGAAAGGUUUUAUAGCCAAACGCAUUGAAAAGUUUCUCUCCCCUCAGCUUAUUGCAGAAGAAUUUUGUCUAAAAACAUUUUCCAGGUUUGGAGCACAGCCUAUACCAGCUAAAAGACCAGGUUCAGGACAAAGCUUGGCUUCUGUUGUGUCUGCUCAGAAAAUUACAAAGCCUGCUGCUAAAUAUGGAGUCCCUUUAACGUAUAAGAAAUAUGAAGAUAAAAAAUUACAUGAAAAGAAACCACUCCAAAAACAUAAACAGGCCCAUCAAAGUCCAGUGAAGAAAGUGAAUCCUGGAGAAGAAAGGAGGAAACUGUUUGAGGAACCAGUAAGGAAGAGAAGGUUGGAAUUGAAUGAAAAAGAAAAGAAACAAAAGGAUCAGAUUAGUUUAAUGAAGGCUGAACAGAUGAAAAGGCAAGAAAAGGAAAGGUUGGAGAAAAUAAAUAGGGCCAGGGAACAAGGAUGGAGAAACGUGCUGAGUGCUGGUGGAAGUGGUGAAAUGAAGGCUCCCCUUUUUGGCAGUGGAGGGGCUGUGGCUCCAUCAUCUUUUUCUUCUCGCGGACAGUAUGAACAUUACCAUGCCAUUUUUGAUCAAAUGCAGCAACAAAGAGCAGAAGAUAAUGAAGCUAAGUGGAAAGGAGAAAGACAUGGCCGAAGGCUUCCAGAAAGGCAGAAGGGGCAGCUGGCUGUGGAAAGAGCAAAGCAGGUAGAAGAGUUUCUACAGCGAAGACGGGAAGCGAGGCAGAACAAGGCUCGGGCUGAGGGGCAUAUGGGCACCCUGCACAACCUGGCAGCUCUGUGCGAAGGCAGGCGCAGCUCUUCACGAGGAGGGAAGCCGAGAAGCAAAGAGGAAGAGGUUUAUCUGGCAAGGCUGAGACAAAUAAGACUGCAGAAUUUCAAUGAGCGCCAACAGAUUAGAGCGAAGCUUCGUGGUGAAAAGAAAGAAGCUGACAGCUCCAAAGGACAGGAAGGAAGUGAGGAGUCUGACGUGAGGCGUAAGAAAGUGGAAGUGCUGAAGGCCCAGGUGAGCGCCCGCGCGGCUGUGCUGAAGGAGCAGCUAGAACGUAGGAGGAAGGAGGCGUACGAGAGAGAGAAGAAGCUGUGGGAGGAGAAUUUGGUGGCCAAAGGAAUAAAGAACUCUGAUAUGUCUCCACCUUCAGGACAGCAGGAAACAGGUGGCUCUCCAUCAAAGCAACAGAUGAGACCUGUUAUUUCUGUGACUUCUGCUUUGAAAGAAGUGGGUAUGGACAGAAGUUUGACUGAUGCCCAAGAAACCUCAGAAGAAAUGCAAAAGACUAACAGUGCUAUUUCGAGUAAGCGCGAAAUACUACGUAGAUUAAAUCAAAAUCUUAAAGCUCAAGAAGAUGAAAACGGAAAGCAGAGUCACUCUGCAAUCGGUGCAAUAAUUGUUCACGAAGACGCCAAAGAGCAGGAAAAAGAAAAAUCGGUUUCAUCGGAUCGCAAGAAAUGGGAGGCUGGAGGCCACCUGGUGAUUCCUGUGGAUGAAUUGGCAUUGGACACGUCCUUCUCUGUGACUGAAAAACGUACAGUGGGAGAGGUUAUUAAAUUAGAUCCUGGUGGAUCUCCAAGAAAAGUCUGGGGGAAGAGUCCUAUAGAUUCUGUUCUAAAGGUACUUGGAGAAGCUGAACUACAACUUCAGACAGAACUAUUGGAAAAUACAACUAUUAGAAGUGAGAUUUCUCCUCAAGGGGAGGAGUGCAAACCCUUAAUUACUGGAGAAGAAAAAAUAAAAUGUAUUUCACCUGAAAUGAAUCCAUCAGCUACUGUUGAUUCUUCUGUUGAGACAGACAGUCCAAACUUUAGUGAGCCAUCUCCACAGACGGCAUUGAAACCAGAAGGAAAUUUGGAUGAGCCUGAUGACUUGGAAGCAGAAUUUCUACAGGAGCCAAGUAGAGCAGACGGGGACGGUGGCUUGCAAUGCCCUGUACUCGACGUGUGGGUUAGUGAGAUUAAAGAAGCAAAGGAGGCUGAGUUGGAAGAUAGGAUCACCAUUCAGCAAAAUGAAGUUUCUGAAGAUGGAGCCCCGAGGAGCAUGGAUCACCUUGGUGAAGUUCAUGUAGAACCUGGAGUGGAUGGUUCUCCACACUCUGAGUGUGAUGUAGAUGAAUCUAUGCAACCAGAACCAUUUUUCCAUAAACACUUGAAAGCAGCCUCUCAAGUCCAGUCAGUCCUCUGUUCACCAGAAGAAUCCUCUCCACUUCGAUCUCACUCUGGUUCACCACGAAGAAAUAAAAAACAGAAUUCCUUGCUGAUUGGACUUUCAACUGGUCUAUUUGACGCAAACAACCCAAAGCUGUUGAGGACAUGUUCACUUCCAGACCUCUCAAAGCUGUUCAGAACACUGAUGGAUGUCCCCAUAGUCGGAGAUGGACGUCAGGACAAUCUUGAAAUGGAUGAAAUGGAAGAUGAGCAUGUUAAGGAAGGACCUUCCGACUCUGAGGACAUUGUGUUUGAAGAGGCUGACACAGACUUACAAGAGCUUCAGGCCUCCAUGGAGCAGCUGCUGCGGGAGCAGCCUGGGGAGGACUACAGCGAGGAGGAGGGGUUGGGCCUGAAGACCAGCGACGCGGAGCAGGCCGCCAACGGCACGGACGCGGGCGAUGAGGACGACAGCCCUAGCAGCGAGAGCGCUCUCAACGAGGAGUGGCACUCAGAUAACAGUGAUGGUGAGAUAACUAGUGAAUGUGAAUACGACAGUGUCUUUAAUCAUUUAGAGGAACUAAGGCUUCACCUAGAGCAGGAAAUAGGCUUCGAAAAGUUCUUUGAGGUUUACGAGAAAGUAAAAGCUGUUCAUGAAGAUGAAGAUGAAAAUAUUGAGAUUUGUUCAACAGUGGUUCAGAAUCUUUUGGGAAAUGAACAUCAGCAUCUUUAUUCCAAGAUUCUUCAUUUAGUUAUGGCAGAUGGAGCCUAUCAAGAAGAUAAUGAUGAAUAAUGCUCAGAACGUUUAAUCCUCAACGGAAUGAAAGCAUUUAAAUUUUGGCUCAUCAGAAUAACAAGCUUCAGUGGGAAACAUAGCGAUUUUUUAUAAAUGAAAUAUUAGAUUUAAAAUGAGCAUGCUGAUUACAUGAAAAUGAUGGAGAAACAUGCCAUUUUUCAAUUAAGAUUCUAGUUUUUUAUCUAUUUUAUUUUGUUUAUUGAGUUCUAUAGUUAUCUCCUACAGAAUAUACACUUUAUUAAAUGUUCCAACCAAAGUGUAAGACACAGUGAUCCAGACUGGACUCAAUGGCUUUGAAGAAGAUGUACCAUGCAGCAAGGUAAUUUUUACUUUCAGCAAAUGUCUUUAAGUUGAAAGAGUAACUUCUGUUGUGAAAGACCUGCCUUUGCUUUUUCAAUUAUGCAUUUAAGCAUGACCCUUUUUUCUAUCUACUUGUUUUCAUGGCCAGCAAUUCUAGAUUAAAUAACCUUGUCAAGGGCUCUAUUUAAAUCUUAACAUUUCGAAGAUGGAACUUUUAGCCUUAAAGUUUAUAUUCUCAGUCCUUUUUCAACCAGUGUGUCUCCUGAACUAGCUGAAUGGAAACAGGCUAUAAAAACAGUCUUAGAAGUCAUUGAAAAAUUUGAUUAUGAAAGAAUAGCAAAAAUAUAUUUCCUGAUAUUGAAAAAGUUAAUUACUUUUCUUUCUUUUUGAGGACCAGAACAAGGAAGACUAUAUCUAAAAAUUAGUCUGUGAAUUUUAACAUUGAUCUAGCAUAUAACAUAAAGUUGCCCUUUUGAUUUUCAGCUUCCUCUCAUGCAUGUGCUUUUUAAUUGAGAUUCAAAAGGAGAAAUGAAUCAUUUUUAUUUUGACAGUGUGACAGUUUUGGUAACUAGUAUUCCAAAGGGGGGAAAUGUUUACCUCUUUCAAUACCAUUAGGAGAAGAUUUUGUUAGGUCAUUAAGACAAUGGUCACACAGCUUCAAUUGCAGUAUGCUAGGUGUUACAUCAUUAGAGAUGUCUGAAGUCCAGAUGCUUUUAGUAAUAAAGGCAGAAUUUUGGAAACUCUGAGAACAAAGAAGCCUUAUUGUCAUUAUCUGUAAUUUGAACAGAAGAAUCGUAUGUUGCAGCACUAUCAGUAGUAUGCUGAAUUAAUUAUGUAUAUUAUUUGUAACACCCAAAGCUAAAUACUUGAUUUUUAUAUGUUUGUUUAUUUUAUGAUAUUGCUAUUAAAUUUUUACUCUCUACCUGA